AUAGAAAAGAAAAAAAAAAAAAAAUUAUGGAUUCAGAUGAGGAGGAUUUCCUGUUCUUCGGAACGCCGAUAGAGCGUGAGGAGGAAAUCACUAACCGUCGGAAGAAGGCCGCCGCCGAGGCUUCUGGUCAGCUCCGUUCCGCUCCUCCUUGGAAGCAAGAGGUUCUGGAUGAAGAAGGACGGAGAAGAUUCCAUGGAGCAUUUACCGGAGGGUUUUCUGCUGGUUAUUACAAUACUGUUGGCUCAAAAGAAGGGUGGACUCCACAGUCGUUUACAUCGUCGAGGAAGAACAGAGCUGAAGUUAAACAGCAAAGCAUUUUCAGCUUCUUGGACGAAGAUGAGAAAGUGGAGAUGGAAGGCCAGUUUUUGGGAACAUCUUCAAAGUUUGAUACAUUUGGAUUUACAGCUGCUGAAUAUGCUCGUAAACAAGCUGAGACAGAGCAAAAGCAGAGGCCAUCAGCAAUCCCUGGACCCGUUCCUGAUGAAUUAGUUGCCCCAGUCACAGAAUCUAUUGGUGUAAAAUUGCUGAUGAAGAUGGGGUGGAGGCGUGGUCGUUCGAUAAAGGAUUCACAUGCAAGUUCAAUUUAUGAUGCUCGUAGAGAAGCUAGAAAAGCUUUCCUAGCCUUUGCUGAUGAUGGGAAGGUAUCGCAGCUUGCUGAUUCUGAGCCUGUUGAGAGUGAAUUGGGAAGCCUUAUUGAGCAGCCUGUUAAUGAUGCAGUAUGGUCUUCCCAAAGCACAACUGACAUCUAUGCCUCUGGUUAUAACUUCGAGGAAACUUAUGUCCAAGAAGAUGAAGAGCAGCCAUCAAGCUUACACACAGAUGAUAAGAAGAAGCUAGUUUGGAAGGAACAGGGUGUUCUGCCUGGCUUCAAAGUUGCAACAAAUUCUGACUAUCAACCUGAAAGAUUCAAUCCUCCUGUAAUUCCAAAGGAUUUUGUGCCCCAUCAUAAGUUUCCUGGUCCUCUUGAGACUGAAAAGAAGCUAGCUAUUUCCCCUUGUCCAGAGGUUCCUCCUCCUGAUGACAAUAAUUUAAAAAUCUUAAUAGAGGGAGUUGCAACUUUGGUAGCUCGAUGUGGUAGGCUAUUUGAGGAUCUUUCCAGAGAGAAGAAUCAGUCAAAUCCAUUAUUUAGCUUUCUUUCUGGAGGGAAUGGCCGUGAAUAUUAUGCAAGGAAGCUGUGGGAGGAACACCAGAAACGUGAUGAUCAAACCAAGCUGUCAUUGGAUGGGAAACUGUCUCCAAGCAUGAAGAAGAUGACAGCAGAUAGCCGUGGAAAAUUGCUGGGGGAAAAACCUCUAGAAAGGAGCUCCAGGGAUAUUUCAAGCACAUCUGUUACUUCUGGAGUCUCUGUCAACCUCCAACAUGAUCUUUCAAAUACAUUUACCAAACCUGAAUUAUUUAAUGCGUUGCCUGAAGUUGCAAAGCCUUUUAAAGAUGAUCCUGCAAAACAAGAAAGAUUUGAGCGGUUUCUCAAGGAAAAGUACCAAGGAGGGCUACGUUCUACAGAUUCUGGUGCUGCUAGUAAUAUGUCAGAAGCAGCUCGUGCUCGUGAGAGACUGGACUUUGAAGCUGCAGCUGAGGCAAUUGAGAAAGGGAAACAGGGAAAAGAAAGCAAUAUAUCUUUGCAGCCAUUUGUGGAGUUUUCAGCCACUGGAGGUUUGAAGUUUACUUCUGGUGGAAGUGAGCAGGUUAAAGAUACACAAGCUGAAGAUUCGACAGUCAAAAAGAUAUUCCCUAGAAGGGAAGAGUUUCAGUGGCGUCCUUCACCUAUUCUGUGCAAGCGCUUUGAUCUUAUUGAUCCUUUUAUGGGAAAGCCACCACCAGCUCCACGCAUGAGAAGUAAGAUGGAUUCACUGGAUUCACUAAUAUUCAUGGCAGAUUCUGUCAAAGCCACAAAAUUGGGAGAAGAUGUUACUAUAAAUAGAGACCUUCCUCCCUCCCAAAAUAAUUCUGAGAAGAUAACGGAAAAAGUAGCUGAACAGGAAGUCAAAGUUGAAGUUGAAAAUGUUGAGAGGCCAGUUGAUCUCUAUAAGGCUAUUUUCUCUGAUGAUUCUGAUGAUGAGGUGGACAGCCCUAAUAACAACAAAGUAGGGGAUCCAGAGAAGAAGGUUGAGGCUGCAACAACAGCAUUGAACCGUCUGAUAGCAGGUGACUUCCUGGAAUCAUUGGGAAAAGAACUUGGCCUAGAGGUUCCCCCUGAUGUGCCUCUCUCAACAAGUAAAUCCAUGACUCCUGCACAAAAAGCAACUCCUAAUGCUGAAGCUCUGACUGCUAAAUUUGAAGAUACAUCUUCUUCCACUUUAAAUGCUCUGGGUGCUUCCUCCAUAAACCAGGGUGUACCAGUCUCGGAGGAUGCCUCAUCAGAACACACACUCACAGAAAUUGAACUGAAUCUUGAGAAUUCUUUGAGGAAUGGUAGCCAACAGACUAAAGAUGUUUUGUCCAAGGAUAGAGAUAGUAAGGUUGAUUUGGAAAAGAUGGCUCAAGAAGAUAGGAAAGAUAAAACAUCCUCCAGACAUAGACGAAACUGGAGCAACAGUCCCUCAUCAGAAGAUGAAAGGAGUAGAAAACGAUCUAGAAGACAUCGUAAUAGAAGCAGUGAUUCUUAUAGUGAUUCAUCUCCUGAUUCAUUUAGUGAUCAUCAGGGUCAUAACCAUUCUAGAUCUAGAAGAAAAAAGAAAAGUUCCUCUAGGGAGAAGAGUGGUGGCAGUAGAAAACACUCGAAAAGUCAUAAAUAUAGAAGCAAGGAUUCACCCAGCAGAUCUUCCCAUUAUGAUACUGGGAAAGAGCGGUCACAGGCCAAGAAAGAGAGAAGAAAAUGGAGGGAUUGAGCAUGUGUUAUCUCCUGUGGUUCCUCUCUUUCAUACAAAAUUUUCUGAUUUCCUGUUUGCAUGAAAAUAUCACUCCUAAGUUGGAAGUUUGAUUUCACAGAAUCAAUUACUAUUUUGUGAUUCUUAGGGUGACAGGAUUAGAGAAUCACUGUCGUGGUUACGUAGGUGUUGAAUUCAUCCCAUAUGUGGCUUUGUAUUUCUGCUGGGGCUUCUUCUGCAAUCAGAUUGUUCCGUAAAGAGGUAUGUUGUGUGCCUGUUGAAACCUCGGGACUGAAAUCUGAAAAUGGUUUUAACUGAAACUCUUAAAAAAGAGGCAGUGCUGUUAUAUUAUGUGUUUUGUUUGAAUAAGGAGAAAUGCAAUUU